GGCGGCGCAGGCGUGCCGCGUCACUGGCGGCCUGGCUGCGAGGGUUGAGACGGACGAUUCCAGAGGUCCGUCGGGCUGCGGAGUCUGGACCUGCUAUCUGGGCAUGAGCUGAGGGCACAACGCCGAAGCCACGAGUACUUCAUAGAGAUUGAUGGAAGCAGAAACCAAAACUCUUCCCCUGGAGAACGCAUCCAUCCUUUCAGAGGGCUCUCUACAGGAAGGACACCGAUUAUGGAUUGGCAAUCUGGACCCCAAAAUCACAGAAUACCACCUCCUCAAGCUUCUCCAGAAGUUUGGCAAGGUAAAGCAGUUUGACUUCCUCUUCCACAAGUCAGGUGCUUUGGAGGGACAGCCUCGAGGGUACUGUUUCGUUAACUUUGAAACUAAGCAGGAAGCAGAACAAGCCAUCCAGUGUCUCAAUGGCAAGCUGGCUCUAUCUAAGAAGCUGGUGGUACGAUGGGCACAUGCUCAAGUAAAGAGAUAUGAUCAUAACAAGAAUGAUAAGAUCCUUCCAAUCAGUCUUGAGCCAUCCUCAAGUACUGAGCCUACUCAGUCUAACCUAAGUGUCACUGCAAAGAUCAAAGCCAUUGAAGCAAAGCUGAAAAUGAUGGCAGAAAAUCCUGAUGCAGAGUAUCCAGCAGCGCCUGUUUAUUCCUACUUUAAGCCACCAGAUAAAAAAAGGACUACUCCAUAUUCUAGAACAGCUUGGAAAUCUCGAAGAUGAUGGUUGUGAAUUUAGCAGCAAAAGCAAACUGAUCUCCACACCUAAAAUCCUCUGCCUUUGUACUUUGUAGAUGUGAAUGGUACUAUUCAACAGAGCACAAUCACAUGUUAAAAUUUGGUAACAUAAUGUUUUUGGAUGUUCUUCCCUAAACUAUGUGUGGAAUUGAGUAUCAUCCAGAAUAAAUAGGAUUGUAUCCCAAAUUGUGAUUUGAACCCUGGGGUGCUCUAAUUGGCUGAUUUGUUUGUAUUUGUAACUCCAGAAACAUUCUACAGUGUGCCAGAGAGAAAGGCAAAUAUACAAAAUAUUAUUAUUUAAAUCAGGAAACUAAAUGUAUUAACAUCUGUAAAAAAAUUAAUGAGCAUUUUUCUGUGCUCAUGUCUUUACAACAUGAGAAGUAAAAAGCGGGGAAAGAAGUGACAGACAGACUUAAAUCAUGUUCAGAACUAUUGUUCCAGAAUUUACUGGGAAACACCUCCAACUGUACUCAGAAAGAGAAAGUUCUUGGCAAAAGGCAGCUGAUUCUAUGAACAAAUGUUGUAGUAAUCUGUUUAAGAAUUAUGCUUAUUGUUUCAGAAUCCCAAUCAGGAAAAUGUGUAUAUCUUAAAAGCAUUUGCAUCAACAAAACUGUAGAAUCAAAUUUAGCAUUUGUACCACAGCAGAAGUUCUGUUUGGAAAUCCAACUUUUAUUCUAUAGUGAUCAUUUUUUUUAAAUCUAAGUAAUCCUGCUUUCACUAAUACCAAAUGUUGUUAUUAACAUGGGACUUUUUAAAUUAUUCUUAUUGCAUGAGAUUUUUUUUUAGCAUGAGAUACUCUAUUUGGAAUUAUAUGAUGGUCAAUCUAAAUAGAAAAAGCAAAAUUUAUUUGAAAUCCUAAACAUUGCUAUAUUGAUCACUAGCAAACAUCAUUUUCUAAUAAUUGUGUAGGGAUCUAAGUAGAAGAGGUUGUGUUAUCUUGUGCAGGAUAAGGAGGUGGCAUGUAGUGGGCACAGAAAGUCAAUAGAGCAGAUACUACUCUAGCACCAAGACUGUAAUGGCCUUAUGUUGUAGGUAGUUUUGAAAGACUGCAUGACUUGAAAAUGUUUCUUUACUCUUAGAACAUAUUUCUCCCUAGAUAUUUUUGUCACUUUGUACAUUCUAAAUAUAACAAUAUGGAGAGAUAAAUCAACAGAUUUCAGCACAGUUUUGGUCAUUUUGGUGCCGGGUUUGACAGACUGUUUCGUUGGACAGCACUAUUGCUCCUUUACCUGUAAAUCACUUUGUUGUUCGAGGUCCUGUUCUUGGUGAUUACAGACUGUUUACCACUAUCGUUCCUAGCAAGAGGAAACUUUUGUUCUAGGAACUUAAGUGUUCCCAUGAGUAUAAAUGAAUUUAAGACACUUGAACGAAAACCUCAGCAUAGUGAGGUUUCAGAAUUCACAGAGCUAGUUCAAAGAUAUUCUUAUGACUUUUCCCAAGAUUGAUCUUUUUUAGAUAUCUUUAGAUAUAAGAUACUUUCUGCAUUUAUUAGCUGUGUCUAUCUGAUGCAAGCAACUCCCAUUUGGGGAAUAAUUCAGAUAGGUGGGAGCAUUGUCUCCCAUUUCUCUGGUGACUUCUUUUGGCUUAUAAGUCCUACAAGGGUAACAAUGGAGUAGAAGACCUGGCUUAACACAAAGUAGUCUUCUAUUUUUAAUAGAAACUUAGAAAAUACUUACCAUGAAAUUAUAUAGAGUUGUUUCCUUUAGAAACCAGAGCUAUUUAUUUGUAUUUAAAGCAAUGUUUAUUCUUUGUACCGAUUCUUAUCCCUCCGUGUUAAUAAAUCCAAGAUAGUGUC